AUGGCUGGUGUUUCCAGUCGAACUCGAAGUAAAAAUGUUCCGCUCUUCGGUAGUAUUCCAUUUCAUGGUUCAUGUUCUUGUUCGUUGAAAACCAAGCGUAGAAGAAGUGACAUAGGUUUGAGCUCUAAAAAGAGGAAGCCAAAUGAAGAGUCUUUUGUGUUGCAUGAACAAGUUAAUGUUAUUUGCAUUGACAUUGACGAGGAAGGAGAUAAAGAGGGGUUGAAAUUUUCUGAGGGUUGUGUUGAACAAGUAGAUAAUGUUGAUAAUGGUGAUGCUGAUGAGGUAGGAGAUGAGGAUUGGUUGGAAUAUCUUAACAAGAACAAGUUUGAGGUUGACGACAUAGAUGUUAAAAAUGAGGAACAAAGUGGAGAUAUUGUUGGUGAAGGAGGGUUGGAAGAUGGUGAAAUAAACAGUUUUGAGGCUUGUGUGGAUGUUGAAAAUGAAGUAGAGAGCGAGGAUAAUGGUGGAAUUGGUGAGUUAGUUGUAAAAGAUGAAAGCUUUCAUGAUGAAAAGUGUGGUUCGAUGUCUGAAAACCCGAUUAUAGAUUCAGAUGAUGACCUUGAUGAAUGCGAUGAAAGUGAAGAAAGUGAGGAAAUAGAGACUAGUGAUGAAGAAUUUCAAGUUGAUGAGGUAGAUGAAGUUUCCGAUGAUGAUGGUGAUAACAGUGAGGAGAAAGAAGCGAAGAAAAAGGGUUGGAAGAAAGAGGAGGUGGUGGUGGAGGAAAAGGUGGAGAAAGAGGUGGAGGAGGAGGAGGAGGUGGGGGUGGAGAAAGAGGUGGAGGAGGAGGAGGUGGUGGUGGAGGAAGAGGUGGAGAAAGAUGUGGAUUUGGAAAUGGUUUGGCAAGAAUAUGACAAUGUGCUGGAAGAGAUGGUGAGAGAGGCCAAGGGUCAAAAUAGUAAUAUUGAGGAGGUAAAGAUUGAUAAUAGUCCAUCUUCUGUAAACAAUAAUAAAUUGGAGCAUCCAGAUGAUGGUAAUGCAAGAUCCUCUAAUGCCUUAAACAAAAAGGGUUCUUUUGUUCCAAUGGAGGCUCCUUCUUCUUCUAAAUUGCAUCAAGCAUCAGAGACACUGACAUCAAAAGGCGUGCAAAUGGGUUCGGAGGAUGAGGAAGACGAGGAGGAGGAGGAGUACAAAGAGGUGGAUUUGAAGAAGGAUUGGCAAGAAUACGAUAAUGUGCUGGCGGAGAUGGUGAGAGAGGCCAAGGGUCAACAUACUCCAUCUUCUGUAAAUAAUGAUGAAUUGGAGCAUGCAAAUGAUGGCAAUGUAAGAAUCUCUAAUGUCUCUCAUGGUGAUAAUGUUUAUGUUGGCAAAUCCAAAACCAAAUCCAAAGCCAAAGUUACACCUAAAGAAAGUGUGAUUAUUAGUGAUUUUGAUGAAGAAAAAAUACAACCUGCUAGAGGUUUAGGUAUUGAUGAUGGAAUUGAUUCUUCUAUUCACACAAAACAGAAGGAGAUGAAGAGUUCAGAGAAACAGAAAAUGACAGAGAUGAAGGGAAGAGAUUAUAAAGGUAGAGCUAGCACCAGUAGUGGCGAGAAGAAGGAAUCCAUGGAGUUGCGUUUGAACCAAAGGGGAAAAAGCACAGUUUUUAUGCCAAAGGAGUUGCGCUUAGUCGAACUCCUUGCUGAAUACUAUUGGGGAAACAAGAAUAAUAAAAUUCAGAAUGAUUCACCUGUGUUGGAGAUGAAAGAUGUUAUUCGGCAUUAUACACGCCCACCACCUGUUUCUAACGUGACAGCUCCGUUGAUAUGGAGCCUUAAAAUGGUGGAGAAAGUGCAAAAGACCAAGAACGAGAAGGAGGAGGAAGUACUAUGGGAUCAAAUAGAUACAACCCUUAGAGAACUUGAAGCUGAAUCCAUGAUCGGGAAUUUGGGGACCAAUGAAGCUACUCAGAAAAAAAUCGGAAGUCCAUUCUCUGAGUGUGAACACGACAUCUAUCUCGACGAAGAGAUUGGUGUAUAUUGCAGGCGGUGUGGUUGGGUUGUCACUGAUAUUAAAGAUGUCUCACCACAAGUGGUUGAUAAAUUUCCCUAUGAAGGGUCGGGACAAAGGGCUUCGUUUGGUGAUGCAAAUGUCUCACACUUUCAUGACUCGCACUUCAAUGUUUCUGAACAUGACUCCGAGACUAAUUUCUCUUAUGAUGAAAGAACAGUUUGGGACCUAAUUCCUGAUGUAAAACAGACCUUAUAUUCUCACCAACAAGAAGGUUUUGAGUUCAUUUGGAAUAAGUUAGUAGGAAACAUCGAGAUUCAAGGGUUAAAGAAUGCCAAUCUUCAAAGGGAGGGUGGUUGCAUUAUUUCACAUGCUCCCGGAACUGGAAAGACAAAGCUGACAAUCAUGUUUCUCAAGGCUUAUUUAAAAGUUUUUCCGAAAUGCUUGCCGGUCAUUGUUGCUCCUGCUGGUUUGUUGCUUACUUGGGAAGACGAAUUCAAAAAAUGGGACAUAGGAGUUCCAUUUCAUAAUUUGAACAAUCCUGAGUUAUCUGUUAAAGAGCUUGAUGAUGUUGUUAAUGCAACUAAUUGGUCUAAUUCACAGCGGCAUAGUACCGACGAGACACGAAUGGCUAAACUGAUUUCGUGGUUCAAAGAAACGAGCAUUCUGGGAAUCAGUUACAGUUUGUUCAAGGAGCUAGCAGGCGGAGAAGGUGCUUUACAGAAGAGAAAAGAAAACAGUUAUAUGAGAAAGGCUUUACUUGAAGCUCCAGGUUUGUUGGUUCUAGAUGAAGGACAUACGCCAAGAAAUGCAAGAAGUCGUGUUUGGAAGGUGUUGUCAAAAAUUCAAACAAAGAAGAGAAUUAUGCUUUCUGGAACUCCUUUCCAGAAUAAUUUCUUGGAAUUGUACAACACUUUCAGCAUAGUGAAGCCUUCUUUUCCUAAAACGAUACCGCUCAAGCUGAAAAAGUUUUGCCAGAAACGUAAGAAAGCAGGAAAAAAAUGGAGUUGGGAACCAGUUACUGGAAACAGUACAACAGGACAUCCCUCCGAUGAUAAGAUCAAGCAUUUGAAGUUGCUAAUGGAUCCCUUUGUUCAUGUUUACAAAGGCGCGAUUCUUCAAAAGAAGCUUCCCGGGUUAAGAGAUUGCGUGCUUAGUUUGAGGCCGGACAGUUUUCAGAAGCAAAUUCUUGAGAGCAUUCAAAGUUCUCAGGACAUAUUUAACUUUGAGCGUAAGCUGAUAAUGGCAUCAGUCCAUCCGUCUCUAUUCCUCGAAUGCAAACUUUUGAAAAAAGAAGAAUCUGUUGUCGACAGGGAACAGCUAGAAAAGCUUCGAUUGAGUCCACAUGUUGGUGUCAAAACAAAAUUUUUGGUGGAGUUUGUUAAUCUUUGUGUUGCUGUUAAUGAAAAAGUCCUUGUGUUCAGCCAAUUCACCGCUCCUUUACGCUUAAUUGUUGAGCAAUUCAACUCAUCCUUUAAUUGGACUGAGGGGAAGGAAAUGCUCUACAUGGAUGGCAAGGUUGAUCUAAAGGAAAAACAGUCUUUAAUCCAUAACUUCAAUGAUGCAAACAGCAAAGCUAAGAUUCUACUUGCAUGUACGAAAGCUUGUUCCGAGGGAAUUAGCUUAGUUGGAGCGUCGAGGGUUGUGCUACUUGAUGUUGUAUGGAAUCCUUCUGUCGAGCGACAAGCUAUCAGUCGAGCAUAUAGGAUUGGACAAAAGAGAGUUGUGUACACGUACCAUCUGCUCACACACGAGACUACCGAGUGCCUCAAAUAUUUCAAACAGGCCGAAAAAGACCGGUUGUCUGAACUAGUAUUUUCGGAUAAUAACAAGGGCAAAAACCGUGCAGGGAACAUUGAAGAUGGUAUUCUUGAUCUAAUGCUUCAGCACGAAAAACUUAAAGACAUGUUUGUCGAGUGUGUGGUACAGCCGAAGGAAAGAGAUUUGGUGGAGAGUUAUUAUUAUUGAUUAUGAUGAAUGAAUGUUCAAGAUUCUUCAACAUUACUGACUAUGCAAAACAAGUUAAUGCUUCUGGUGUAACAUCUUUUUUGAAUUUUAAAAUGGCUGUACUUAAUAAAUAGUAUCAGAACUACUCUACUAAUGGUGACAGCUAGUGAAUUAGUACUACUAUGAUGCAUUGGCAAUUUGGCAUCAUUAACAUA